GGCGUCAUGGACAAACAUCCCCAGCGAUAGCCGUCCCUCAAAGUUAGCCCAACGGGGGCCUACUUUAUCCAUCACAUGUUUUUGGUGCUUUAAAAAGAUUGAUCGCACUUGUUCUGUAGAAACUGCUCGUUGCCGUGUACUCUGAUCGCUUCUGGCAGUUCCUGCCUGUGAGACUUCAACUCUAGGCUCAUUUACCCGUAUAUUCUGUCAUUAGAUGUCUAUUUCAGUUGCAAAACCGCUGGGACCGUCAAAUUUUGCAAGCCCAGCCAUGACCAGCAACGUUAAACCACGUCGUAAACCAGUCAACUAUGAAAAGCUCACAAUUUCCACAGCACGGAGUGAAGAUAAUCCCGUAAGCGCACCAGAAGCCACAUCACUCACCGAAUCGGCCCUUGUCCAUCCUUCUCCGAUGGUCGGUUUGGGAUCUCCGGAUUUUGAAAAGAAAAACGCAUCGCAAGCUUCUGUGAGGAGCUUGCAAAGUUUGGCGAGCAGGUCAGAGAUGCAUUCCGCUCGGUCUACAAAUCACUCUCCUUUGCCACCGCCUCCUCGUAUUGCGUCUGCCAAUAUGACGAGGACGACCCCUUCACCAAAAAUUAUAGUCGAUAGCGAAAGACCGAUAUCAGCAAGCUUGGGUCACUUAUUCGAUGCGGCCAGGAGACCGCCGUCACCAAUGGGGGCCCGUAUCCCGAAAAAGGACGCCAAAGACCUCUCCAAGUCCGCUCCCAAUCUGACCCAAAGUCCCAUGUCUUCAACGGACGACUCACUAUCUGCAAAACUUGCUCUGGAAACCGAUCCACAGAAGCGCGAACUUCUAGAGUUGAAACACCUGUGCGAGUCUCUUCAGAAAGAGAAGGAGCAGCUAUUGACGAAAUACAGACGUCGUGCCCAUUUCGGCGUAGCAAAGUUCACAGACGAUCCAAAUUUUGCGGAAGAGUUUCGUAAGCUUACUGAAGAAGCUGAGGCGCGAAAGCGAGAACAUCUUGAUCUCCAUGCCGCGAUCGAAUUGUUGAUGCGUAGAAUCAUGGCGCUGGAGAAGCAGGUGGUGGGACUGGGUGCCCAACCAGUCACCAAAACUGAUGUAUCGCUGAGCGAAGCAAAAUUAAACGACAUUACCCAUGGUGUUUGGCAGCACCAGGACACCAUUAAAGCAAAAGUGGAAGCCUCCACCGCCAAGACUGCGUCUGUGAUGGCAGAUAUCCAGGCAAAAACCAGGGAAAUAAGGCGACACUUGAAGUUACCUGUCUCUGAGGAUGUUGCACAGUCUGAAAUUGUCCAGGGGCAGGAGCAAUCGGAGUCUAUCGCUGCAUCUGCGGCGGAGCCUGCAGAACCCCGGCCAGCGUCCGGAAUGACCUCUGAAUCAACCACCGUGCCAGCGAACGAGCAAGAAUCUGAGUCGGCUGCAGUGGAAACCGCUGGGGCUCAGCCUACAUCCGAAGUGGACUUCACAAAAACUACCAUAGGACCGUUAGCAAAAGAGCCGCAAAGCGCUGUACCCAGUGUAGCUGAACAAUUGAAUCUCCAGCCUGAGUCCGAAGUGGACAGUAACUCAACGGCGAAUUCACCGCCGAAGAAGGAAGGGGAGGACUCCAAAUCCGCGACACCAAAAGAUUUUGCAGACGAUCUGCUUGCUAUUAUGAAUGAUUUUGGAUUUUGAAGGAUUUGAACGAUUGGGAGCACCCACGGGCAAAGCAACUAAUGGUACAUCAUUCCGACAAGACGCUAAGUUUCAGAUUAUGACAAAGGCGCUCCCCACAUUGUUUGUAUUGAUAAUUUAUGUAUCUCUGAGUGUUGAUAUACAACCGUCUAAAUAUAUCGGUAUGGAACAAAUACAGUCUGCUCGAUGGU